GGGAACUGCGUGCGUUGGCUCUGUGCGGCCCGCACGCGGCGUCAUGGCGCGUCUGCUCCGGGCGUUCUGGGCCUUGCCCUUCCGAGAAGUAUCCCGGCGGACCGGAGCGGGCCCAGCGGGCAGCGGCGGCGCCGGCACGGGGGCAGGUCGCGCGAACGCAGGUUCCCAUUUAACCACCCAGGGUCCCUCACAGAGCGCGAGCCAGUCUCUCACCCGGAGCGAGUGGCACAAGAAACUGACUCCAGAGCGGUUCAACGUCACGAGGCGAAAGGGAGCCGACCCGCCUUUCAGUGGGAUCUACCUGAAUAACAAGGAACCAGGAACGUAUCACUGCGUGUGCUGGGACAGCCCACUCUUCAGCUGCCGCGUGGCCAAUGUCUUCCCCGGUUCCGAGAAAAAGUACUGCUCCGGCACCGGACGGCCUCCGUUUUCUGAGGCUCACGGGACGUCUGGCUCCGAUGAAAGGGACGCGGGGAUCCUGAGAGGCGUGGACACCUCGUUAGGAUUAACUCGCGCCAAGGUUGUCUGCAAGCAGUGUGGAGCCCGUCUUGGCCGCGGGCUUCCUGAUGGACGUGGGCCUAGUGGGCAGAGGUUUUGCAUCAACAGCGUGGCACUGAAGUUCAAACCAAGGAAAUACUGACUGUCUCCAGGGGCCCCCUCCCCUCGCCACUGCUUCAUUUACACCCUCAGCUGUCACCGCUCAUGUGAAUGACGUGUUCUGUUGGCUACCAAGCUAGGCCAAAUGUGCUGCUGGCACCAGGCGAGUCACAACCUCUGGGAUGUAUUUACCUGGACUCAGCCCAACCCUGACUCCAGCUUGGACUGGAAUUUCACGCGGUGACAGAAGGGCAGCCAUGUCCAUCGAAUUGACUUCUGUAGGCUUUGCCUGGGACCAGAGGGUGUGACUCUUGGGGGACAUUAAGAAGCUGAUGGACCACGAGCCAAAAAACUCCUACAAAACUCCCCUGACCUUACCACUGCAGUGAAGCACUUCGUGGACCUAUACAGGUGAGGGGUCAAGGGAAAAGAGGAAGGGGAUGCGGGAUUAGAGUAAUCAACAAUCCCAGCGCCGAAAGAAAUGCCAAGGACCGGGGUUGUGGGACAGCAGAGUUUGGGAGGCACACGCAGUGAUCGAUGGGAUGCAUGGUUCUUUUUCAUAGCUUUAGAAUGUCUUGACCAUUCUGGUUUCAUGCUUUCUACCCACAAAUAAGUGCCAGUGGGAGCUUGUUAGAUUUCAGUGAUUAAUGAGUAAAAGUGGCUGCAAAGUUAAGCUUUAACAUGUUCAAAUAAAACACUUACUAAAAUGGGUGUUU